UUUAGGUAUAUUUCCUUGUUCUUCUUGUGGGGCGAGAAGAAGACCCUGAUUUCCUCCUUCUCGCCCCUAAUUCAUCCUUCUUUCCCAUCGCAUUCUUGCUGCGCCACGGCGCUGUGUACUUUCUUGCUAGGUCGCGAGAGAGAAAGCUCCAUUCUCCAUGCGCUCUUCCUCUGGAAUGCUUCUCUCUUUUCCUCCGAUGAGCUGAAAUCUCCGGAUCGUCGCUUUUCUCUCUUUUUUACUCUCGAGAUCGCUCGGCAAAGUGCCAUGGAGUGUCAGGACGGAGGCCUGUUUUGCACCGAGGAGAUGAUCGGCAGCCCCUGGAGCGGCGACUCUGCCGAGGUUUUGGACGAAAGCCCCGACAAUGCCGAUCUUGCGGCCCUCACAGAUUUCCCCCCAAGAGACGAUGCGGCUCUCCAGAGCGUUGUUUCGAGAGAAAGGAGCCAGACGCUCGGCGAUGGAUAUCUUCUUGCGCUGCAGCGCGAUGCGUCUGUGCUGCACGCUAGGGCCGUGGCCGUGAAUUGGAUGCUCAAGGUUCGCAAUGUCUAUGCUUUCAGCCCCAUGACGGCCGCGCUGGCCUCGAGCUACUUAGAUCGGUAUCUAUCCAGGCAUCUUCCAAAGUCGCUCAAGGCUUGGGCGAUACAACUUCUCUCCAUUGCCUGCAUUUCUCUUGCCGCGAAGAUGGAAGAGAUCGUCGUGCCUUGUCUGCCAGAUUUGCAAGUCGAGGGGCUGGAGCACGUCUUCGAGGCGAAAACAAUCCAAAGAAUGGAGCUGGUGGUGCUGAAAACGCUGGACUGGCGCAUGUGUGGUGUGACAGCGUUCGAAUACGUGGAUGAUCUGCUCUACAGGCUCGAUAUCUCCAAGCAUCUCAAGGCAUCGAUUCUGGCACGAAUUACUGAGCUCAUUCUGGGGACCCUCUCAGAGCCCGAGUUCUUGGUGUUCCGGCCAUCGGCGAUCGCUCUUGCGGCAUUUAGCUGCGCGCUGGAUGAGAUUGUACCCCUCAAGGCCGCGACGUAUCAACGCGUGCUGCUCAUGGCGCUCCCAACGGACCAGGCAACUCUACACCAGUGCUACAGGCUGAUCGAGGACCUCAUCAUCGAUCCAGUGUGCCCCGGGGUGUCACUCGGCCAGACCUUUGGAAGCUCCAAGUCGCCACCUAGUCCGAUGACGGUGAUCGACCUCUACCAGGCGGGCGGCGGCGGCAGCAGCAGCAGCAUGGAUUGGUGCGGGAGCCAAGUGAAUCUCAAAAAGAGGAGAAUUGAAGUGGAGAGCCAGUCGGUGAGGAAGAAGCUAUCGUCGUCAAUGGCGAACAGCGGUGAUCAUUCGGUGUGGGAUCUCUUCUAAAAGCGGAAGCAAGAGGAGAGGUAUUACUAUUAGUACUGGCAGCGGGUCCAGGCGGAGCUCCAUCCAGUCCAACAGCAGUUUGGAUCGGCCAGUUGGUCUAGCAAGCAGCAGCAGCAGCAGCAAAUUCCAGCAGUGGUUUUCCUGGACUACGGCCGAUCAGACGGGGGGGGAUAAUUAAGGAGCACUACGCUACUAGUUUUUAGAGCUGCAGGUUGCGCAUUGAUGCCGGGUUUUUGUCUCCACUCCAACCGAGCUGCUCCUCCUCCGGCGGGUGGGCCUUAUCUGUGGCACGAUUUAUAGAAGAAACUCCUGGGGGGUCAGAGCAUGGAGAUCAGAGAAGAAAUAGCAGCAAAGCAAGAGACAACAAGAGCUUUGAUUGCGCAUUCGAUCCGGCGAAACAAGUAAGUAGUAAAAAAGAAAGUUGGUUUUUUUUUUUCUACUUUUUUUUUCUUUCUUCUCGUGAGAGAGAGAGAGAGUGAGAAAGAGAGUGAGAGUGAGAGGAAAGGAGGCUUUCAUCUCUUGGGACAGUCAACAGGAGGAAGCAGCAGGCUGUGCUCUUUGUUGCAGUUCAGUGCGGCAGGGAGGGUGUGCUUUGGAUUGCUUUGGGCUUUGAAUAGAUCUGGUCUGGUGAUUGGUAGAGGCUUGGCAGGCCAGACUAACUCUUAAAUAUUUUUCUAAUGGGAACGAACGAAUGCUUCAAAAAAGAAAAAGAAAAGAAGAAAAAUGAGAAAAAUGAGAGUUAAUCUUUAUUAAUCUACUAGUUAAUCGCUUCUC